GCUGCCGACAGCCUUUGUUCCUGCGCCAGGACCGCCGCCCGGAGCCACCGGCCGCAGCUGACAACCGGUGCCCGGGGUGCGCCAUGAAGUCCUCUUGGCGCGGGGGCGGCUCCGGCGGCCGCUGGGGUGGCGGCUGGGGCGGAGGACGAGGCAGGGGAGGCUACGGCGGUGAUGGAGGUGGCGGUGGCAGUGGCGGUGGCGGCGGCGGUGGCGGCUACGGUGGCGGCGGCGGCGGCUACGGUGGCGGCGGCGGCGGCGGCUACGGCGGCGGUGGCGGCGGCGGCUACGGCGGCGGGCGGCGCGGUGGCAAGAACAAGAACCGCCGCAAGAAGGGGAUGAGGAUCGUGACGGUGGAGCCGCACCGGCACGAGGGCGUCUUCAUCUACCGCGGCAUGGAGGAUGCGCUGGUCACGCUGAAUAUGGUGCCCGGCCAGUCGGUGUACGGCGAGCGGCGGGUCACGGUGAACGAGGGCGGCGCGAAGGUGGAGUACCGCACCUGGAACCCCUUCCGCUCCAAGCUGGCCGCGGCCAUCCUGGGCGGCGUCGACCAGAUCCACAUCAAGCCCAAGUGCAAGGUGCUGUACCUGGGCGCCGCCUCGGGCACCACGGUCUCCCACGUCUCCGACAUCAUCGGCCCCGACGGCUUGGUCUACGCGGUCGAGUUCUCUCACCGCGCCGGCCGCGAUCUGGUCAACGUCGCCAAGAGCCGCACCAACAUCAUCCCGGUCCUGGAAGACGCCCGGCACCCGCUCAAGUACCGCAUGCUCGUGGGGAUGGUGGAUGUGAUCUUCGCGGAUGUGGCUCAGCCCGACCAGUCCCGCAUCCUGGCCCUGAAUGCCCACACCUUCCUGCGCAACGGGGGCCACUUCCUCAUCUCCAUCAAGGCCAACUGCAUCGACUCCACCGCGUCGGCCGAGUCGGUGUUCGCCUCUGAGGUGAGGAAGCUGCAGCAGGAGAAUCUGAAGCCCCAAGAGCAGCUGACCCUGGAGCCCUACGAGCGAGACCACGCCGUGGUGGUCGGCGUCUACCGGCCCCUCCGAUCCAGUUCCAAGAGCCGCAGCAGCAAGUAGGGCCCAGCCGGGACCGUCCCUGAGAGAUCUCCCCCCAGACCUUGCCGCAUUCAGUGUUGCCUUGUCUGUGUUUUCUUUGUGUGCUGUUUUGCUUUCCUUCGCUUAACUAUUAAAUGGCAUAAAGAAACGGUA